GUGUGUGUGUAGGCUAGUGACAAAAAACGAAUACAUUUUAAAUUCAGGCUGUAACAACAAAAUGUGUAAACUCAAGGGGUGUGAAUACUUUCUAAAGGCACUGUAUAUCCAUCGAUUCCUGAAGAAUACAACUUAUGAGCUUAGUUCAACCGUUUUCCCCCAUCAGAACCCAUAAUAUAAGCAUGCUUUACUCUGUUUGUUAACAAUGUAAAUGUAAACAAACACUGUAUAGCCAUAAAACGUGGUUAAAAAUAUAAUUGUUAUAUCACGGAUGGUCAGUCCUUGCAUCCAUAACUCUGUCUAUGAAUUGGAGUGGUUGCAGUAUCCACGCCCAUACCUCAGCUUUUAACCAAAACAGAGGCGGGGUGGACACUUAGUUCUUGUUUCAAUUAUGGCUUCUAUCUUUGAACCAUGUAAUCUCUUCACAGUGGCCAUGAUACAGCCAGUACUUCUACUCCUGCUACUGGCAGCCAGGUUCUCACCAGUGUUUGGGACUGAGAUAUCAGUACUGGAGGGAACCUCUGUGACCCUUGUCUGCAGAUUUCCCAGUGAGAAGAAUUACAUACUUUAUACAACCUUGAGUGAAACCAGUCCUUGCAAAAGGUGGUCCUGUUGUAAUCCCAUAGCUGUGACAACAAUACCUACCAUCACACAAGAAAACAAAUACAGAUGUAUAACUGGAGUUGAGAUGGUGAACUUCACCAUUUUAAACCUUCAGCCUGCAGACAGUGGGAACUACUGUUGCAGCGCAGCGAUCUCUACAGGGUUAAAUAAACCUUCAGAAUUCUACAGCCUGAGGGUAGUGAAAGGUCACACAGGUUGCAACAGGGAUCUACUGGACGGAUUGGAAUUUCUGGGCAACGAUAUUGAGAAUCAUCCAAUCACAAUCCAAAGUGCAAGUCAGUGCAGACAGGAAUGCACCAAUAUUGACAAGUGCCAGUACUUCACAUUCAGUUGGGAGGAGACAGAAAUGAGAAACAAAUGUUCCUUGAAGGCCUCAACUGGUGAUCUGUUGAACUCAAGAAUUACAAUACAGCGCCUCCAAAAUGCAACCUCGGGCUAUUCCCUGAAAAACUGCAGUGGUAAAGAUUAUCUGCACUACAUCAACAAGUCCAAGAGCUGGAUCAAUGCCAUGGAGUUCUGCAGAAGCCGUGGCUCCAAGUCCAACCUGGUGCACAUCACCAACCAGACUGUGCAUGUUGACGUGACCCAGCUCAUUGCCAAUGUGGAGCUGGCAUGUGGGGGGGUGUGGAUUGGUCUGGAGCGGUCCAUCUUUGAGUGGAACGCCCCCUGGCUGUGGACCAGUGGUGAUGUUGAUAAGGUGGUGAAGUACAGCGAGUGGCAUAGUUGCUUCCCCCUCAACCCCAUUAAUUACCACUGUGGUAAGAUGGUCCGGGUUGGUAACGGAGAACUGAAGUGGCUGGAUGCUUCCUGUCAUCAGGAAUUACCCUUCAUAUGUCAAGAUGUUUUAACAGAUCUCCACUAGAGGGCUCUACAUGGCACCCUGGACAGUCUGCAGACAGACACCACACUGAUCUGCCAGAGAGACUACCACACUCAUGGUCUGGAAGGAACUAGCAUUUCAAUUCAUUAUAUUUUACACCAAUAUAACUAUUACUAUUAUUAGGACUUUUUAUUGUCAUAUUUUACAUGAUAUUACUUAAUGAUACUGUACUUACAUAUACUAACUCAUAAGCAUUGUUAUUUGACCUAUAGUUUACUGUAAUACCUUGAUUUUUUAAAAAUAGAGUAAAGAAAGGUAAAGUAAAAGGUAUUAACUGAACAUGUAGUAUUUAACUCCUGUGUGAUAUGUACUGUUACAGAACACUAUUUAGUUAGAAUGUAAUUAUUGUUAUUUUGUAUUUCCUUUCGUCUCUGUUCUGAUUAAACAUCCAUUUACAUUUAUUUUAUAAACAGAGGAUGACAGUCUGUUAAGAUAGACAGAGGUUGCAUCAAAAGGCACUAGGGCAGAUUCAAAUCUACGGUGACACCUUACAUGUUCCAGAGGCUGUGGCAUUACCACUAGACAGGACAGGCCACAAGACUGCCAUCUUAUUGGGGUUUAUAUCUGUAAGACAG